GCAGUGCAGAAGAACAAGAUCUUGCGGAACGUGGUCACCAGCGUCCGGCGCGCCUCGCCCAGCCUGGCGGUACAAGCCAGCGAGGACUUGCAGUUGAGGCUUUGGGAUCUCCGUGCCGGGCUGAAGGACGUGAAUCAAUGCGGCGCCGGUGCUUUCCUUUGCCUUCCUGCCGUGGUUUGUCCAGUUGGAGACCAAUCCUCAUAUGGUGCGCGGAGGGCCCAAUCAGCUCAUUUGCGUGGACGUGCCGAAGGACGAUGCCAGCUGGGUGGCCUGUGGCUCCAAGGGCUUCAGCCGCGAGAACUGCGAAGUGAAGAUCUUCGACCUCCGAGGUUCGCUGCAGCAACAGGCAGCCGUGGCAUGUGCAGAUCAGACCAUCGAGGCGCUGCAGUGCCACGGCGACCAGUGCUUCAUUGCCAGUAAGGAUGGCCACUUGCGCUCCUUGGAGCUCCCGGAGCCACGGGUCCAGUGGGAACGCCGUGGGCAUGCUGCGUACACCGCGCUCGGCCUGGCUGCUGGAGCUCUGCUUGCAGCCUCUGCCGGGCCGCAGGGUUUGGCACUGGAGCUCUUCGCCCUGGAUGAGGAGCCGAAGCUCUUGAAGAGCAGCGAAGAGACGUGAAGCAAAAGAGUCGCAGACACCACGCGCAUGUGUUUUUGGGUGAUCGAGGUCGCAUGGAGCUAGGCAAUAUAAAACGACGUCACCGACGUCACCUGAAAUUAACGAGCAAGCUGAAAUUAAGGUAUAUGGUCAUACUAACAUCACACACACACACACGCAAAACACACACACAUACACUUCAUCGACUUCACAGUCCUGGCAGAGAUUUUGGAGGUGGACACGUGGCUUCAGCUUUGGUCGCCCCUGGCUGGCCAGCGUGUUGGCUGGCUGGGGGCGUUAGGGCACAACGACGUCACCAUAAUUUCGUAAUUUCGACGACGUCACUAAAUUCAGUUUUUGAAUUUAACGAAAUUAACCGACGACCCAGGAAUUAUUUUAUAUUGCCCAGAUGGAGGUUUGAUUUGAAUUGAUUUGAUGCUUUAAAAGUUGAAGUGCAUGCAUGUGCAUGCUAGUACUGGUUAAAGUGUGUUUUUCGUUUUGGGGGAUCUUUGGAAUCUUGGCCUGUGAAGCAGUGAUUGGUCAAUCCCCAAAGUGCCUGAUCUUCACCCAAUUUCACCCUGAAUCAGAAAGAAGGAAGCCCCUCGACGCCUCACGCAUCAAGGAUCAUGCUGCCUUAGGAAGCCGGCCAGGCCAGGCGUUCCAUUUUCCAGGGUAGAAGGGUCUACCCUAAGAAUCCGGGCCCGAACCAACACAUAGGGUUUGGUUCGGGCCCAGACCCCUGCCAUGCAGGGUCCGACCCCUACCAUAGAGAGCCCGGACUCGGAUUGUUAGGGUAGGAAAAAUGGAUCUGUGGAUCCACCGAGUUUUUAC